AUGGGUACAUCCAGGACCUCCACGGUGUACGCGGCAGAGCUCAGAGGGCUCGGUCUCGCGCUACAGAUAGUACUCGACACACCGCAAAUAUGCGUCCCGCCAGACAGAUGCGCCGCUGUGUUCACUGACAACCAAGCCGCCAUCCAAGCCAUUCGGAACCCUAAGCACCCAUCCGGGCAAUACAUAUUGACCGAGGCUAUUCGAGCACUCGAAGAGCUUCGGAGCCAGGGGUGGCAAAUACAGUUCCGAUGGAUUCCAGCACAUGUCGGAGUGCCAGGUAACGAGGCAGCCGACCAAGCAGCGAAAGAGGCCGCCGGAAUCGUCCCAAGUACGGGAGCGAACACUAAGAUGCCGCCAGAAGCAGACUCUCGGCGAACACUCACGGCAACCACCAAGUCCAUCAUCCGUCGAGCGAUGAGAGGCGAGUGGGACACGGCCUGGGAGAAUGCCAAGCACGGUAGAGAGCUGUUUAGGCUCGGGGUGAGGCCAGGGAAGGCGAUACUCGACACGCACGUUGGCACACACAGAGCGAUCAGCUCCGCCAUCACACAGAUACGCACGGGCAAGAUCGGCCUACGAGCAUACCUCCAUGCCAUCAACAAGGCCGACUCCGACCAAUGCGAAUGCGGCCACGGGCCGCAAACCGUACGACACAUCCUCCUCGAGUGCCGAAACUGGGCGGACGAACGACAUCGAAUGUGGGCAGGCAGGGCUCCAUGCAUCGACAUCAAACGCAUUCUCUGUAGCCCUUCAAUGGCAGUACAAGCAGCAAAGAUGAUCUUGAGGACUGGACUGCUGGGACAAUUCCGGGCAGUACCAUCCACGGUACUAAAAUACACAUAG